UAAGCAUAAACAUUAAAUUAACACAAAAGUGCAUUUAAAUAAAAUCGAAAAUAAAAUAGGAAACAGCGAGAAUGACAAUAAUGGCUUAGCUGUUUAGAAACUUGACGACUAUUUCUGGUUUUUGUGUGGAAUGCAGAAAACAUACAAAUGCCUUGACUAGCAUUUUUGCAAAUUAAGCAAAAUAUAUAGUUUUUAAAUUCUUAUAAUAAAAAAUACCCCUUUUUUUGGGCCAAGCUGUCAUAUUUUUUGGCCACUUUCAACACUAAGUCUCUGAGCCCAUGUCAGUUGUCAGGUGGAUAUAAAAGUAGUUGCCACUCGACUUGGCUGGAAACACACCCCGUCGAGAGUCGGCAGCCGCAACCACCACCAUGAGCGCCAGCGAGGGCGUCAGUCUCCCGGGCAACGAGGACACCACUCUGCCGCAUGAAAAACAUAAACAAAGGGCCAAGCGGGCCAAAAAGAAGUUCCGGAGUGCCAAAGAAAGAGUUCCGAAUGCGAUGGACGCGAAAGCCACCGCCAGCUACUUCAGUUUGAGCAUCGUGGGCCAAAUAGUGUCGGCCACCUUUCCCUUGGGUCCCGACAAGGAGUUCGUCUUCCUGCGCUACGAACUGGUCGCUGGCCCCGACUGGCAGCUGUCCUCCGGACCCCAGCACGGACUCACCCAACUGGCCACCAACAGAAGGGGCCACUUCAACGAGCCGAUUGUCUUCAACAUGCCCCUCGAGGUGACCUACAAGAGCACCAGUCCCUAUGGCUGGCCCCAGAUCCUGGUGAGCGUGUUCGGGCGCAGUGGCCUGGGAAGGGAAACACUGCUCGGCUACGCCCACAUCCACCUGCCCGUAUUUGGCAGCCGUCGGCCGGCGGAUCAGACGGAGCAGCUGCAGGCCCCCAUCCUGAUGCCCAGGUGCCCCAGCAUGAUGGCGGACAUCACCAGUUGGCUGCUGCGGCGGGAACCGGAGCUGAAGGACCCCAAGGUGCUGCUGGACAACCUGAAGUGCAAGGGACUCUCCAUGGAGUCCUACGGCAGCCUGCAGUUCCAGCUGUCCACCGUGAUGAGGGGCGCCCGCAAGCUGGGCUACCAUUGGCACUCCUGAGAGCAGAGUCAGUCAGUCCUGAGUGUGUCAGUCAGUAAAACGUGAACUCGAGGAAGCAGGAAAGCGUUUGUCUUAAUCUAAUUGCCGGGUGGGUGGUACCUCAAACUUGACCAUGACCGUUGUGGCGGCUAAGACGG